CCGAGCGCUGCCAAUUAUUGGCAACAUCUCGUUCGCACUGUCGAAAUCUCGCGGAUAAUGUCGCGAUCUCGGGCAUAAAAGGCUGGCAACGCGUCAGCUUGCCGUGAUUUAUAACGCCGUCUACACAGCGCUGUAAUGUUACAGACACCUGUUAAAAUCGUUUUUGAAAUGUCUGCGGUCUGGAAUCGCCGUGAAAAAUGCACAAGACGUGAAGUAACCCCACGCUACAGACAACUGUUUUCUUCUAAACAAUGAGGACGGGGCCACAAGUGGAAAGCUAACGGAAGCGCCAGCCAUAGACAAGUUUAUGUUAUAUUAGAAAUAAUAUUGAAUUAAAGAGACCACAGGAACCGGGGCGGUAUAUUUUCAAGGAAAUGAAUCCAUGAAAGCAUUAUUUAAGACGCAAGACGAUGGAUUAAUAAUUGGCAGAUACCAAAAGAAGUAGACAAGAUAAGAAGUCAUUAUUAGCUGAUAGCGUUGCUAAGGGGAGAAAUCAGUUAUUUAAAAGAACCAAGAUGGCCGCAGUGUUCUUGUUGGUGAUGGUGACCACUUCUAGCGUCUUUGUAGCAGGACAGGACGCCCAUCCGCCGCUCCAAAGUAUCGUGUUCCACUCAGAGAGCCACACGUGGUGUGAGUCCAGACCAAUACAGCAGAUCUUGACACAGCCGGGAUGUGAAAGUCAGAGUGUCGAAAAUAAAGUCUGCGUUGGCCAAUGCUACUCCUACUCCGUGCCCAACACCUUGCCCAGUCAGAACGCAGGACUACUGCAGAGGCAUGACGUGUGUAAGCCAGCACGAGCACGAUGGGAAAAGGUGACGCUUCAGUGUGCAAAUGGACACAUGCUGCCAAAGUUUGUCCAGAUAAUAGAGGAGUGCGCAUGCGCAAGUUGCGGCACAUCUUCACGCCAGACAGGUUUAGGGACGCAAGACGAAUCUGAAACCAAGCAAUACUCUCCUGAGGAUGAAGGAAGGGAUUGCGAUAGCUGUGAUAGCGACAUUGUGUUAGGUGUGGCAGAGGACUCAGAAGGUGCCCCCGACGCAAAGACACUGGAUCAACUGCAGCGGGAUUUUCCACCCGAAAGAACGGAUUAUUCGUUGGAUAAUUUCCUGAUUCGGCAGGCGCAGGAACGAAUGGUGGAAUUGCGACAGAUAAAGCGGCAAGAGAACCUCACCGAAGCAGACGAUCACGUUGAUUUUACACCCGAUUUCAGAGCCAACGUGACAUCAAUCAGAGGGCGUAUUCGGGGGCGUGGCUUAGAUGCAUUGCUAGGUAGCACUAACGUGACGUCCAAUAGAGGACAGGGAAAGAGGCGUGGUCUGACCAGAGCAGCAAGACGACGUUUACUUGUCAUGCUGGAGAGGAGACGAAAGCAAAAUGGCGAAAAUGAUGACAGCAACGACGAAAAAAGUGUCACAGGUUACGAACAUUUGCAACGAUCUCUUUCCCGUAAAAAAACGUUGUGAGCCCAAAAAAACAGUUGCAUGACAUGGUCAAAUUGGUGUUUAGAAAAAUGAAAUACUCUCUGACACCUAAUAUUGAUAUUCACCCGUGACCAUGUAAUUCAUUCGCUGUUGUUUUAAAUGGUCCAUUUUUAAACUUAAGCUCAAAGCCGAUAGUAUAUUUUAUAUUUUAGUUAGAUACAACUUAUUUAUUAUGAAUGCAAAGCAGAGUAUAUCAUAAGUUAUAAGUUAAUCAGUUGCAAUUGUGAAUGGCACGGUUCAAAUUACACUUCCAAUAUACCGAUAUUUUUUAUGUGAUGCCGAAAAAUUUUUCUUUUAAACAACGUUGGAGAAUGAACAUAAAGUGCAAUUAAAUUAUUAUUUACAGUAGUAAACGACGUGCAGUUACUUGUAUUUAUUCGUCGUUCUGUCGUUUUAAUUAUCAGCUAUUUUUCGUUCAUUUUAUAUGAUUGGACGGAUGUUUAAUUUUCUAAGGACCAAAAUGGAAUAUUUUGCUGUUGUUUACGUUACAGGCUAGGCUUAAUUAUUAUUAUUAUGCUACUGGUAUCACAGCCCCGGCUUGCUAGAAUAAACAGCUUCUAAAAGUUAUAGGUAUAGUUUUGUCUAUACAGCAGUUUUAAUUGGAGCAAUUUCUACUCCAAUAUUUCAACUUUUUGCUAAGGCUUUUGGAGCAGUACGUAUAAUGUAUAAACUGAGUGUUUAUGUUUAGCAGUUUUAAAACUGAUUUCUCUACUGGGCAAACGACUGAAGAGCUUAGAUGAUUGCUAGGGUGUCUAUCCCUGGUCCCAUCUGAGUAGAAGUACUUUCAUUUAUAACAUAAAUUGCUAUUCCGCUCUUUCUUUUUACUUUCGCUGAGGUAUGGACUCUGGCAAAAACCACUAUUUAAGCUGCAUAUGCUAAUUCUUUAAGAACAUAUUGUUUGUAUGCCUAUUGAACAUCCACAUAUAUGAAUAAAAAGAUGCAUUAAUUAAA